AUGGCAUCGACUAUCGGAAAGAUCAUCCCUCUCGUCAUUGCAAUCCUUCUCGUAUCUGCCAUCGCGUGGGUUGUGUACCAAGUUUAUGAAUCAGCAACCAAGUUUCGCGACACGGCGUCGGAGCGAAUGGGCAAGAAGAACGUCGUCUUCACCAAAGACGGCGUGCGAGUUGGCGUAAAGCAUGUGCAGAAUGAGAAAUACGUUGAUAAGACCCAGAGUUGGGUCGUAAAGGCCUGGAACAUGGGCCAGCCGCAGUCACAGCCCAAGGAAGAGUUGUACGUCAAUGCCACUUGUUCUUCCCGAGGAUUGCGCCCUUGA